UUAACAAGUUAACGUCGUAAUUAACCUAUUUGUAAUGAAUGCAAUAGUUGGCUUAUGUCAUUUCUGUGAGGCUCACGGGCCCCGACCGUUAUUCUGCACAUUCACGACGGAUGACGAGCAGCACACCACCGAAUCCUCAAAAUGCACUGCACAGUGCUGUGGAUGUACUUCGCUGGGUCCAGAGACUGUCCUUGUGUCGCGGGAUGACGAUGGUUGUAUAUACUGUAGUAGGGAGUCAGUUCCUAAUCCGGAUGUAACAGCUUUUUUGAGACAAGCUGCUAUUAGAAGCAUAACUUGUGAGGUAAGCUGGAGUAAGGAAGGAGGUGUAGUCUAUUUUAGUGACACUAGAGGCCAUGUACUGAGCCUCACCUUUCAAAUCAGAGACACUCGCGCCAGAGGACUCAAGCGGUGGUUCUCCAUUGUAGUGCUGAUGAAAGAUAAAAUGUUGCUACUUAAUAUAACUCCUUUAUUGUCAGAACAUAUGCAGAAAAUAUCAAAAGAACUUCAAGACUUAGCGGAGGUAGUUUAUGACAAUGAACAGAAAGUUUGUUCCCAAAGAGCAUUGAGACUUAAAACUGGCAGAAAUGACUUCGGACAGUCUAGGUCACUCAUGCAGCUAACUGGUGAUGAAAAUGUAUUCAAAAGGCUGCACUCCCACUUUACGUGGAUGCUCAAGGCCGGCGCUCUCACAUACUCCGAGACCCUCUACACCAGCCGAGACAUGCUCAACAAACUCCAUCCCGAUGCCACAAGAGGCACCAUAUUUGAGCCGAAUGCAUGUACAGUGGAAGAAUGCAUAUCAUUGAGAGCAUUGGAGAAUUUAAUGAGUAAAGAGGUGUUUAGGAUACUGCUAUACUGUACAUUGUGUGGAGUCAAGAUUGUCAUCAAAUCGUCCCACACUGACCCCAUAGUCAUUGCUAAAGGCUUGUCGCGACUCCUCCCUGUGACCAGCUACGACAGAGUUCCACACAUAAUAAUCAGCAGUGAAGAACAAGUGAAUAGUCCAAAUGUUUGUGUUCUUGAAGAGCUGUGUAGUCAUUUUAGCUGUAAAUGGCAGGGUGCUAUACCUAAUAAAUGUCCAACACUGAUGAAUAGGAUAGAGGCCGCCAUUGCUAACACAAAAUUAAAUGACGCAGUACUACACCAGCAUGUCAAAUUUUUACAACUCGAGUGGCAAGGGAUUGCAAAAUCGGUGAAGGCAGCAAUCACCAGCUCCGGCCCGAGUUCUAGCAACGUAACGAAGCUGAAGCAAGUACUGAGCGUCACUCAACAGGACGAAGCCCUCGUCAACUAUUGGAUCAGCAACUUCUGUAGCUAGCGUACUUACUAGUCUGGCUUAAUAUCUGUGAUAAUUUGAUAAACUAGUUAGAAAAAAA